CUAUGUUGAAGCAGUUUGAGAUCAAAGGAAGAAAUCUAAUAGUCGGGGGGAAAGCGUUUAGACGCGUGUGAAAUGGAAAAGCUGACGGGCUCGAUCGGCGCAGAGGAAGUCGCCAAACCAUACAAACCCAACAAGCAGCUCGCUUCCUAACUUUUUUCUUCUUUUUUUUCGUUUUGGUGCAAGAUCGUCCCCUGUUUGUGGCUAAUAUGAACUCCAGUUGAACAUGACAGUCAUCAGAGGACUUCAUCAUCACACUAGCCUCUGAAAACCUUCUGUCAUUGGAAAUAAUUUAACUCGUUUCUUUCAUUUACGCAAGGAUUUCGUGGGACACUCAAGCGACUUUUCACAGGGGGGAGACUAAAAAGUUCUGCCCCCUGAAUAUGGACAUGGAGUCGUUGAAUGGCUAUACUGCAAGUAACGGCGACUGCUCUCCUAGGAAAGAGAACUCGAGAAUGCUGGUGGACCUGUCGACCAACACACCCAAUGGCCAACAUUCCCAAAGUCCUGAUUCACCUCCUGCCCUUACAAUCAAACAAGAGGAAGGUACUGAGGAGGAGACGGAGAGGCGGCCGAUUGGUCCAGAUGAGACGGGGCACAGUGGGGAGGAAGGAUCUGGAUUGGAGGACCCCAUGAUUGACAGUCCAAACAACAUACAAGACGCUGGGCCAGGAACAGAAGCACAAAGUGAAAUAGGACUAAGACAGCCUAAUGGUGAGCGGCCAUUCCAGUGUAACCAGUGUGGAGUUUCGUUUACUCAAAAGGGUAACCUGCUGAGACACAUCAAGCUGCACACGGGAGAGAAGCCCUUCAAAUGUCCUUUCUGCAACUACGCAUGCCGUCGGCGUGACGCUCUCACCGGACAUUUGCGCACCCACUCAGUGGGCAAACCACACAAGUGCAACUACUGUGGGCGGAGCUACAAACAGCGUACGUCAUUGGAGGAGCACAAAGAACGGUGUCAUAAUUACUUGCAGGGCGCCGGCAUGGACUCCGCCUCCAAUCCUGGCCCCUAUCCAGGAGAAGUUCAGAAGGACCAGAGACCCCUGGAUUCGGCUGGCAUGGCAGCGUUCGACCGGCCUCCUGUAAUUGAAAGAUUGCAGGGGAAUGUAGGUAAACGGAAGAGUACCACGCCACAGAAGUUUGUGGGUGAAAAAAUGGUUCGCUAUUCGUACCCCGAGCUGAACUAUGAGAUGGGCCUAAAGUAUGAGAAAGAAGCUGAGAUGAUGCAAGUCCAAAUGAUAGACCAUGCUAUUAGUAAUGCCAUCAACUACCUGGGUUCUGAAUCCCUAAGGCCUGUGGUCCACCACCCGUCCCUAUCCAUGGCUGAGGUGGUACCCAUGGUGAACCCUCUCUUCCAUCCCGUCUACCCACUGGGACCGCGCAUGGACCGGCCCAGCAGCCGCGAGGCUCCUCAUUUGCCCCACCCUAACCAUGAGUUCCCCCACCCGACCAAUGGAGCGAUCUCAUUGGUCAGACCCAAGAAUCCGCAGUCAGCCCGAGACGGGUCACCGUGCAACAGCGGGCAGGAUUCGGCCGAUUCGGCACGGAGCAGCCCUCGGGACAAGCUCAGUAUCAACGCCAGGUCCAGAUCUAGCCCUGGUUUCGGAAGGUCGGAUGAAGGCAGGGCGAUCGACGCCACCCGCAUCGCCCCGAGGGAUGGAGUCCGGGUCUUCGGACGUGAGGGGCAGGAGCUGAGGGUGUUCCAGUGCGAGCACUGCCGCGUUCUGUUCCUGGACCACGUCAUGUAUACCAUCCACAUGGGUUGCCACGGUUACAGAGACCCAUUGGAGUGCAACUUCUGCGGCCACUGCAGCAAAGAUCGCUACGAGUUCUCCUCGCACAUCGUCCGUGGGGAACACACCUUUCGCUAAGAGCCCCGAACACAGGGCGGCAUGUAAGGAGGCAAAAACGCUCACCUGAAGCAUUAUGUGAGCACCAUAUAACAGAUAUAUGAAGGUUUGGGUCCAAUAGAAAUGGAGCUGUUUGAAGAUUUUUUGUUGUGGUGAGGGGAUGAGUACGUUUAUGAUGUGAAUGUUUUGUUUUGGCCUGUUCACCCUGCCUUAAUGUUUGUUGGGGCAGACGACAGCCAACGUGUUGGUGUUUGUUAAAGCAGCAUUUGUUAGCCUUAUUUUUAAUCCCCCUAUAUAGACAUUCCCUAUGUUUGUUUUUUGAUUGUUGUGUAUGUACUGAAUCUUCCAGCAGAGCAGCUAUAUGUUACCCUAAGUUGUGAAGUUCUUGACCUUUUGUUGUCUGUAUUUUUCGGAGUACCUCAACGCAUGCUGUCGCUCCUGUUUCAUGGACCAUGAUCAAUUUUACAGGUAAACCGAACAAAGGACGUCACCGGAGGACCACUCAAGAACUAAAUAAUACUUAGUGUAGUGAAAAACGAACAAAAAAAGACUGUAUUCAUGGCUUCAUGCUGCUGUGGCUUCUCAGUGCCUUGCUGAUGUUUUGAAUGGCACAAUUUGCCUUUUUAUGGAGUAUUUUUUAUCUUUCUUUAUCAGCCAUUCCCUUUCUUUCAAGUUCCAGACAAACUCGUGAGUUUUCAUUAAUAAUACAUCUUUUUUAUUAUUUUUUAUGCGAUGAUAACAUCUCAAAAGAAGUGCUGUGGGUUGAUACAACAACUCGGACAGAAUUUGAUGAAGCGUUAUCGACAAUCUCCACUGUGUCUCGCAGAUCUUAAUGGGGGACACGAAAAAACUAUCAGAUGAAGACAGAUGAGUUUCGCGUGCCGUCUUUUGCUGCUGUUGUCUGUCGUCUCAUGCGCUUAAUAUGCACUUGGCUGAAAGCAAGCACAUGCCUUGAUAAACCUGUUUUUGCACUGUUAGCUUGAGGCCUUGGGCAAAAAUCUGCUAUUUUCAUGCUAUUGAUAAAGCAAACAAAGGUCAGAGUGCAGUUUAGCUAUAGUCACUGAAUACUAUAUUGUCAUCGUAUGUAUGAUUCAGCAGUCGCAGUAUCGAUAUGUAUACCGUAUAUAACCUGCUGCAUAUGUAGUUUCACUUAUAUUAACAUGCUUUAACAACAGGGUUGCCAUAUACCUUUGAGUGAAAUCGCCGAAUUUCAUUCAGCCUUCAGACCAAAUGCCUCAUCACUGUCUUUGAACAAUCAUCUUGAAUAAUAGGACUUCUUUUUUAUUUUCGUAUUGCACAAAGUCUAUUUUCAAUACACACGCCUGCCACAAAAUAACGUGUUAUUAAACUUUCACAGGGCUUCUGAAAUAUGCACGUAGAGUUUUGGUUAGCUUCUGGUUAGAAAGCGCAUUUUAUUUGAACGCAGAGAAGUAAACAACACGCGACCUGAGCGAGUUUCGGUUAGUUAACAGAACAAAGCAGAUCUUUAAAAUCAGAUGGCGUGACAAAUACGUUUUUGAGUUAAUAGAUGUCAAAAGAUUGGAGAGAUUUCAUCGCUUGGAAGCUUCGACAGAUACAAAUGUGGUUAUUUAUCUUAUUAUCCCCCCCCAACCUUUGUACUUUUCUGCAUCAAGCAUGGCAAACUUUUUGAGAAUUGUUAACUACCGUCUUUACAAUUGUUGAUAUCAGCUUUUUAAAAUAUUUACUUGUUAAAGGGGUCGUUUAGUCAAAAGUAAAAAUUGAUCGAAACCUGCUGGAGGAUAUUUGUAAUCAGUGGGGAAAUAGGAACACCACUGACUUCCAUAGUAGAAAAAAAAUACUAUGGAAGUUAAUGGUGCUCCAAUACUGUUUGGUUACCAAUUUAAAAUGGAAAUUUGGAGGUUUAGAAAAAAAUUAGUGUGAGUAAAUGAUUCAUUUUUGGGUAAACUACCCCUUGAAUUUUCGUUUCUGUUACCUCUUUCUUAGUUAUCUGUAAAUAUUGUUUAAAAUUACAUAAGCACUCUGUAGCACAACCCAUAAAUCGAGCUUUAAUGAAUGUGGACGGCUCAUCACAGCCUUCACGACUGUCAAAAUCUCCUUUUGCACAUUUGAUGGGCUUUUCCGCCUUGCCGUUUUGUGUCAGUUCUAAAAAAGAGCCUUACACCGCUAUCUUGCUUUAAAAACAUUAUAUAAGACUUUGCUGUGCCUAUUGUAGUUUUGUAAACCGUUUGAAAAGCUUUGCUUCUGCCUUUAUUGCUUUGUGAAAAACCCAAACAACUGUGAAUAUGCCCUUUAAACAUUCUGUGGUAAAAUACGACGAAUAGCAU